AUGUCCGCCAGCAGCGCCGAGCUCCCCGGCGUGCGGCAGCUCUUGCUCCUGCAUGCGUACCUGCCGCUCGUGUCUGUGCAGGCCACGCCCGGGGCCGACCGGGCGCUCCAGGCGCUGUGCCACAAAGCCCUGGUCUCGGCGCUUCUGGUGCUCCAGGCGUACGGCGACACGGCGCGCUUCGGCUUGGCCAGCCAGACGUACCGCGUCACAAACACGCAGCUUGUCACGCGCAGCUACGCGCUGUUCCCCGUGCGUUUCCAGCCGCCGUUAGCCGAGCUCUUAGCCGUGCACCCGCCGGCCGACGACAGGCCCGCGCCGCUCUUCAGCAUCUCGGCGCUCGAGCUGCUCACGCAGGCCGCGGCCGCGGCCCGGCCCGCCGGCCCGCUCUACCCGGGCUUGUUCCGCCGCGUCGUCACGUGCAACCGCGUGGUGCCUUUCGACACGCUCAAUCACCCUGUUGCCCACGUGUUCGUGGUGCACUUGGGCACAGACUCCGUGGACGCGGUGCGCCGCUUGGUCGUGGCGUUCCGCAACCUCCCAGCGCCGCGGUACGUGCAGACCGCGGACGUCUUGGUGCACGUGUUUGUGCUUUACGACCCGGCCGCGCACGCUGCCUCGGACAUCCAGCAGUUCCAGGCCGCGGUCCAGGCCGAGCUCCAGCUUGCGGCCACAGCCGUGCCGGUGCCGGCACCGGCACCGGGCGCCACCGACGCGGUGCUCAUGCCCGAGCUCGACGGCGCCACCAUCGACCAGGAGGCCCAGAGCAGGGCGCUCCAGCAGGCCCGCCCGGAGCCCGCGGGGAUGCGAGUGCCCGCGCUGCUCGACGCUGCGCUCCGCGCCAAGGUGUUCGACUUUGUGGCCCGCUGUUUGAUCCCGCACAUGGAGCGCCGCGUGCGCGUGUGGGACGAUGCCGUGUUGGCGCCGCGCAAGUCGCUCGCGGGCCGCUUCUUCUCCGUGUCCCGCAAGUUAUUCACCAGCAGCGACGGACCGCCACACGCGUCGCUGCUGGGCGCUUACAAUGCCACGGGCGGGUUCUACCCGCGUCUGGCGCCCGAGCAGAUUCUCCGCAAGCUCGCGGACUGGGCGCUCAUGCUCAAGGACUUCCGCUACGCGUACUCCACCUACGACAUGCUCCGCAGGGACUACACCAACGACAAGGCGUGGGCAUACGUGGCUGCCUGCCAGGAGAUGUGCAUCGUGUCGCUCUUGCUCGCGCAGACCCAGCCCGUGGCGUCAGACACGCCGCCCGCCAAGCCCGACAAGAACACGCUCCGCAAGAUCCGCCACGACAUUGUCGAGCCCUACAUGGACAACUUGUCCUACACGUACAAGCUGCGGCUCAACGUCAAGACGUAUGCGGUGCGCGCGCAUUUGGUGGUGGCCGAGUUGCUCCUUGCCAUGAGCAUGAUGUUCAACAUUCCCUGGUGGUGGAGCGACCUCAUUGACGAGUGCUUCCUGAAGGCCGAGCUCGAGCUUGCCGCGCACUUGGCUGCGCUGGGCGCUGCCGCCCAUGCCACGCGCGCCGUCCUCUACGAGCGAAUGGGCUUUGCCAAGCAGCACUGCUUCUUUGUCCCCGCAGGAGGCACCCACAUCAUCGCCGACAUCUUCGACCGCGGCGUGGUGCCACGCCCUCGCUCACCGCCCGCUGAAGGCCACUACAUGAACUCCGUCAAGCUUGUGCCACACAACGACAAUGCCAUCAAGGGCCUCACGCGCUUUCGCAAGAGUGGCUUCUGGUAUAUCAUGGCCAUGCGGGAGUGGGUGGGGCUUGGGAACGCCGUGCAGAUUUCGUUACUUGCUGACUCUCUCACAAUCCGGUAUGCUGACACGGACGCUUCACAGCAAUGGUACUCCCGAGAUGACUUGGUUUUGGCCCGUGUCAAGCGCUAUGCUCUGGAGGCUGUUGCGUGA